GCCGCCCCCCCCCCCAUCAGCCGUAAUCCACUUUUCCCUUCUUUCGCCCCCGGAAUCCCUCCCAAAGCUUAGGAUAACACAACAGAGCCGCAUCAUCAGUCCAAGUUAAAUCAUGGGAGCUGGUCAACAGCUCCGGCCCCGACAGGUCCAUGUGUCCAUUGCAUCAUUGCAGGGCUGUUUGUUGUCGCAAACCUGUGUUGUCCAAUAAACUUUAAUCAUACGACCGUGGAUUGGUCCACACUGCCUAUACUACAAUUUUCUGUCUGUCCCUACCAACCGUGAAUUCGGAUACUAUCAUUCACUUGUGGGCACGGAUUCAUUUGCAUCAGUCGAUAACACACACGAGGCUGUUAUACUAUUAUAAUUGUCCCCUCACGCCCCAAUCCUCUCCUUCCGAUGGUAUAACCUCGGUGUGGUGGUCGUGUUCGCAUUCUUUGCCCGUAUAUGGUUCCCGGCCCGCGGGUCAGCAUGGUCGUCUCAGCAAUGGCCAAGAAUUUGGACUGCAUCCCAUACGAUGUAUUCUACCAAGUGGCUUCCACCCUUGAUUGUCAGGAUCUCAUCCAUCUCAGUCGCGUCAACCGAACGUUGAACCACUUGAUUCAAAAUGAGUCGAUCGCUCGCAAGGCCAUUCAAAACGAUCUCCUACACACCAAGGAAGGGCAACAAGCAAGCCGGGCCAAGACUGGAUACCGCCGGGCUCUCGGGCGCUUGUUCGACAUCAAGGAAUCCUUCGCUACCGCUCAGCCGUACUCGGCUUCCAUUCUAGCCUACGGGAGUUCCUUUCUCUACAGCGAUGGCUGUCUCUGUUACAUCUACAAUGAGGAAAUUCGCCUCUUGGAUGUGCACGGGGCCAGUCAAGUGGAGCAGGUGCUGAACAUUCAGAACGUGCUGUCCCGUGCGAUCCCGGAGUGCAACCCACGGGAGGACACGAUCCAGAUCGGUCUCAUGUACUACAGGGACGGGAUUCUGGCAUUCACCGUCGAGCUGGAGGAUCGACCCGAUGCCUGGCUGCUGGCCAUGGACAUGCGCCGCAAGGUGGAACACAAGAAGAGCGGCCGACUCCGUCUCUUGACCCGGCUCCGACACACACGACGGUUAUUUGUCCGACAUAAUGGCUCCUAUCUCUACUAUGGGACGCACACUGCCAUGGGCGAUCGAGGCUAUCCGCAAUGGGCGAUCAAUUGCGUGGAUCUGAGAACCGGCCAGCCCACCACGGACAAGCCCGUCGUGUUGGAAAACUUCGCCGGGUGUGAGAUUGGCCAGACCGUGUGUUUUGACAUCCACCAGGAUCACCUCUAUGCCGUAUCCACGCUGGUGGACUUCGAAGCGGAGGAAGUGGAUUGGACCUCGUACUAUGUCUGGCUGUGUCUCUCCCCCCAGGCCAAGGACCAAAGGCGACAUAUCAUGCCCAACCGCACUUGGCGGCGUCAGCAUCGCGAAGGCCCGAUCAACGACACCUGGUCGGAUCUCACCCUGCGCCACGAUGAGGCCACCAAGCGCCUGAUGAUCCUCGAAUGUCGCCGGGAAUGGCGCGAUGGCGGCAGUGAAAAUGCACGCACGUAUUACAUGCAGCCCUUGCCGUCGCCGGCUGAACUCGCUCAGCAGAAGCCGCCAGGACCGGGUCCAGCGUCCACCGUCACGCCCGUGGCCCUCCCCGACGAACCCCUGACCCGAACCCUUGACUCCACCAACAAACCCAACUACGAGCCCCCGCGCAAGCGUCUGCGCCGACACUUCCACCCGGAAUACGCGCAGGGCGUGGAGCCGGCCCAACGACGUGACUACAUCCUCGCCAAAACCCAGUUCCGCAGCUACAACCUCUCCGCCUCGACCUUUGUCGAUCUCGUCAACGACCCCUCCCCGGAGCGGCCCGGCAGCUUCAUCUCCCACGACCGCCUCCGGGUCCGCGUCGUGUCGCGCAAACGCAAAUGCCCCAUUGACGAGGCCGGAGACGAAGGCGAGCCCGGCUUGCUCUUCCGCCCGGAACUCAACGACGCCGACGGCCAACCCAUCGAGCACAGCGAAGAGCGCUACGCCUCCCGCGGGGUCAGUCUGUGGCCACCGGACGACGCCCCCCGGGAACUGACUCAGCUGCUCUGUCCCUCCAAGCGGUGUGGCUCCGUGCAGGCGGCCGCCGACGAACGGUCCCUCGUGUACUCAGUCGACCAGGACGGGCUGGAAGGAACGGGACACCAAGCGAUCGUGCUGAUCAAUUUCGACCCGUCGCUGCGCCUGCCCGGCUUACAGAGGAUGGACCUCACCCGCAGUGGAGCAGCGCCAACGGACGAAUGCCACGGCCCCGUAGCCAUGGAGAGACCGCGGAUCGGAGCCCUCGGAGACGAACGGGUCGGUGUGCACACGAGCCUGAGCCGUCGUCGCGCGAACCAACCAAUGCCAUCUGUCCGCGAGGAGAGGGCCCUGUAUCUGUCGAUUCGCCGAGGGUAUUGGCUUCGGUAAUGCACUGCCUACGAGGCUGUGCUGGGCCGGUGAAUUCGUGGAUGUUCUGAGACAGGUCUCAACAUACGAUAAUAUCCUAGAAUAGAUGACCUAAUGAAACACUACAUUACUCUGAUUCUUGUGGAUAUUGUUGUAUUGUGGUGUCGGGUGAUCGGACCGUAAGCUGACAGGGUACGGGCUGACGCUUACGCAGGGCGGUUAAAAUCCACUUGAGAUCGGCGUAGAUUGGCUAGCUCGUCUAGAGCGAGUUUGAGCUACGAGAACUACUACUAGUC